AUUUUUUAAUCUCGCUUUCCCAUUCGAAGUGAUCCCUGAUCUCUCUCUUGGAGGUGACUAGAGAUCGUCCCAAAGCUUUCAGGAUGUUUUUUUCGGGGGAUUCGUCGAGGAAAAGGGUGGAUUUGGGAGGCCGGAGCUCAAAAGAACGAGACCGGCAGGUGCUGCUGGAGCAAACGCGGAUGGAGAGGAAGCGCCGGCAAGGGUUGCGGCAGCAGACAACGGCGGCUAUUAAGAUUCAGAAAUAUUUCAGAGGUAGAAAAGAAGUUGAAGUUGAACGCGCAAGAGCGCGGAUGGUGUUCUCCCAAACUUAUGGCCAGCCAUUGCAAAAUGUGGAUUGGCACUGUUUUGGUCCUGAUUCAGCUUUUCUUCGGUAUUUACUUUUCUUCUUCAACGCAAAGGACAAAAAUGAUGUGGAUGUCCUCAUUGAGGCUUGUAGAUUGCUUCUUCAGUAUGUUCGACUUGGUGGGAAUAUUGUGAGCCUUUUUGCUGGUGAAGGUAAGACUUCACCAAUGUCAUUUGUCAACAAUAGAGUGAAGAAGCUUGCAUUUUUCUGUUUGCAAGCAGUCCACCAUAAUAGGGAUCACUGGAAGGAUCAGCUUUUCCUGUCAUCCCAAUACUCUGAGAUGCCAACAAUUAUUUUAUUAGAAACAGUGGCUCACUUAAUGCGUCCUGAUCUUCCAUGGGUGUGCAAAGUUGUUGAUCAUCUUGUGCGGGGGAAAGUAUUUUCUUUGUUGCGUGAAAUGGUUCUUUUUGGCAUGCAAUCUGUGAAGACUCCAGAAUCUCGUAAUUUGGCUUCUUCCUUGGAGCAUGUAAUCAUGCUUGCUGCUUCCCAUAUAAGCCAACAGCCAUGUAACUGCUCAAGCAUUGAACCCAGAUGGAGUUUUUCUUCACAGCUUCUUUCCAUUCCUUUUUUCUGGAACCACCUACCAUUUCUCAAGGAGGCUUUUUCAACUCAUGGACUGGGCACACAUUAUAUCCAUCAGAUGGCAUUAUGUCUGCCAAGCCAUGCAAGUGUGCUUCCACCAGAUAUAUCCCCCGAGUAUCCAGGGUAUGCUUGUCUGCUUGGAAAUUUACUAGAAGCUGCCAGUGAUGCUUUGUCUUUGCCGAGCUGUAACUUCCAUGUGGCAAUGGAUUUUUUGGCUGUUUCAACUUUUCUGUUGGAGGCACUUCCAGCUUCAAAGUUAUCAGCUAGAGAAAAAUCAAAUGAAAAUGACAUGGUUCUGGAUGAAGAAUCCAUAGGAACACUUGAUUCAGACUUAGGGAAGCAGAUAUCAAAUGCAGUAGAUUCACGGCUUCUUCAGCACUUGGUUAAUGUUUUGUUCAGAGAUACUUCACUCAUUAAUUCUUUAGAAAAAGACGUACCAUCCGAUAGGGAGGUUGAAGCCACUGGUGCAAUAUGUGCUUUCCUUCAUGUUAUUUUCAACACACUGCCAAUUGAACGCAUCAUGACGGGAUUAGCUUAUAGGACUGAAAUUGUUCGUGUACUUUGGCGAUUUAUAAAACGCAGCCAUGAGAAUCAUAGAUGGCCAUCUUCAUCAAAGUUCACAGGAUAUUUAUCUGGAGAUGCUCCUGGUUGGCUUUUGCCUUCAGCUGUUUUCUGUCCUGUGUACAAGCAUAUGCUGAUGAUAGUGGAUAAUGAAGAAUUUUAUGAGCAGGAGAAACCACUCUCUCUCAAAGAUAUCAGGUUACUAAUUACCAUUUUAAAACAGGCCCUAUGGCAACUCCUAUGGACAAUUCCUUCAAAUCUGCCUUCACAGAAGUCUCUGGUUGGACUCUCUGGCCAGAAGAAGCUUUCCAUGGAAUUUAUGAGAUAUAGGGUUGGAAUUGUGAUAUCUGAACUGCUGAGCCAGCUGCAAGACUGGAACAAUAGAAGGGCAUUCACAUCCUCGGUUGACUUUCAGUCCCAGGAAGCAAGUAGUGAAAAUUUCAUUUCUCAGGCCUUACUUGGAAAUAGUAAAGCAUCUGAAAUUUUAAAACAAGCUCCUUUUCUGGUGCCAUUUACAAGCCGGGUUAGAAUAUUCACUUCGCAGCUAGCAGCUUCUAAGGAAAGAAAUGGAGCUGGACUUCAUCCUGGUUUAGGCAGAUCUCGUUUUAAAAUAAGAAGGGACAGAAUUCUUGAAGAUGCAUUUAGUCAACUGAGUGCUUUGUCCGAGGAAGAUCUUCGAGGAUUGAUUCGAGUUUCUUUUGUCAAUGAAUUGGGAGUGGAAGAAGCUGGAAUUGAUGGUGGUGGGAUCUUCAAAGAUUUUAUGGAGAACAUUACUCAUGUAGCAUUUGACGUUCAGUAUGGCCUAUUUAAGGAAACUUCUGAUCACCAAUUAUAUCCAAAUCCUGGUUCAGGAUUGAUUCAUGAACAACAUCUCCAAUUUUUCCAUUUUCUUGGAAGUCUCCUGGGAAAGGCAAUGUAUGAAGGCAUUCUUGUUGAUUUACCAUUUGCAAUGUUUUUUCUCAGCAAACUGAAACAAAAGUACAAUUAUCUAAAUGACCUCCCAUCGCUAGAUCCAGAAUUGUAUCGCCAUCUACUUUUCUUAAAGCAUUAUCAAGGUGAUAUUUCAGAGUUAGAAUUGUAUUUUGUUGUUGUAAAUAAUGAAUAUGGAGAACAAACGGAAGAAGACCUGCUUCCUGGCGGGAAAGAUACUCGUGUUACAAAUGAAAAUGUUAUUACAUAUAUUCACCUUAUUGCCAAUCAUCGUUUGAAUUAUCAGAUUCGCCAUCAAAGUUUACAUUUCUUGCGAGGUUUCCAGCAGCUUAUUCAGAAAGAAUGGAUAGAAAUGUUCAGUGAACAUGAAAUUCAGCUUCUUAUCUCUGGCUCACUGGAAAGCUUGGAUGUUGAUGAUUUACGUUCUAAUGCACAUUAUUCUGGUGGUUAUCAUCUGGAUCAUCGUGUGAUUGUGAUGUUUUGGGAAGUUCUCAAAAGCUUUUCGCUGGAACAUCAGAAAAAAUUUCUCAAGUUCGUGACUGGUUGUUCUCGAGGCCCACUCCUUGGGUUCAAGUAUUUAGAACCAAAGUUCUGUAUUCAAAGGGCUGCUCCACUAAAUGCCACUGAGGACGACCUUGACCGAUUACCAACUUCAGCAACAUGUAUGAAUCUGUUGAAGCUUCCACCAUAUAGAAGCAAGGAACAAAUGCAAUCUAAAUUGCUAUAUGCGAUAAACGCGGAGGCUGGGUUUGACCUAAGUUAGAAGACAAGCUGUAGGAUUAGCGAGAUAGGACUUAAAGGGCUGCUUCGACAACCGCCAAGUGAAACUUCAGAGGUCAAGAACAACCUCAAUCCUCAUCGACGACCAUGCGAUCAGUGUCAAGAUGAUGAGAGAUUUGGUGGUAUUUCAUCCACUGCGCCCAGAUCCCUGAACUCUACCUGCACUUAACUCUGAGAAUCAGACCAAAAAUAGCCCCCCAAAAAAAAA